AUGGCAUUUCGAGUAAUAGGCCGCACCCCCGUUGUGAGUAUAUCAAAGCGUACACUCUCGACGUCGAGUGUAUCAAGAUUCAUGCCUUCCAUGCUUGCGCGUAUUAGUCCUACGACGUUCCAAAUGCAAUCGGCACUGCCGCGCCUGCCAGUGCCGAGACUGGAAGAUAGCUUGGAACGCUACCUGCGGAGUCUGGAGCCAAUUCUGCGGCAGAAAGAGGUACUGGGCGAGCUUCCCUCGGGUUCCACGGCUGAAAGUGAGAUGCAGCAGCGUCGUACAUGGGCAAAAGAGCUGAUCGAAAGCGGUGUGGGUCCGCGUCUCAAUGAGCGCCUGGUGGACGUGGAUCAAACGACGGAAAACAACUGGUUUGACGACCGUUUCUGGCUCUUGAAAGCAUAUCAUGAAUGGCGCGCGCCUCUUUUGGUGAACAGUAACUGGUGGAACAUGUUCCUGCCGGAUCCCUGCAUGCCUGCUGAGCUCAGUGAACGUGUUGAUGCCCCUGCUUACACACAGGAAGCGAUUGACCUUCAGAACUGGGACGGCAUCGAAUAUGGAUUGCGUCGCGCAACCUGGAUUACGUAUCGUGCUACGUUAUACAAGAUUGCGCUUGACCGGCAGACCAUCAAGCCCGAUGCUUCGCGUGCCGGGGCCUUCUGUAUGCACCAGUACAGUCGCAUGUUUGGCGUGACACGCAUUCCGAACCGUCCUGCGGACCACAACACGGCCACAUCCAUUUCAGCUGCAUCGCGCCACGUCACUGUGCUUGUGCGUGACAAUGUGUAUGAGUUGCCAGUCAUAGACGAGCAUGGCGAGAUCUUCCCGCUCACGGCGAUUGAAAAGGCUCUACAAGACAUCAUUGCCGAUGCCAAACAGGCAAAAGGCGACGGCAUCCCUGUCAUGACAUGCGAUGACCGCGAUGCAUGGACCAAGGCGCGCGAGCAUCUGUUGUCUCUUGGCCCACAAAACCGUCAAAGCUUGCAGUCUAUUCAGACGAGUCUGUUUGUCCUGGCUCUCGACUGCAACAACAUCGGCGCACCGUUGGGCGCCAAGCCAAAUGUCGGCUCUGAGCCGAGCUAUUCGUCUGCCGUGGGCAUCAAUACGGCUGGUGCUGGUCGCCUUGGCCACAACCGCUGGUUCGACAAGGCGAUCAGCUUUGUCGUCGAGCCCACGGGCCGUGCGGGUCUGAGUGGCGAGCACUCGCCCGUAGAUGCACUUAUCCCAUCGUUCCUCUCUGAAACAGUGCUUGCUGCGCCGAUGCCGCCGCCCACGGAAAACUUCCCCGAGAAGCUGGAAGGCGUGUCGCUUCUUGAGACUUCCCCGACGUGGCACAAGCUUUCGUGGCUUGUGGACGACCAGGUUCGUGCAUCCAUUGCCGCUGCUGAGGACACGGCCAAGGCCAUUACGUCCGACUCGGACAUCGGCGUGUUGUGGUACAGUGAAUACGGUGCAGACUGGAUCAAGAAGGUCGCGAGACAAGCGCCUGAUGCGUACAUUCAAAUGGCCCUGCAGCUCGCUUACGCGUCCGUGCAUGGCCGACAGACGGCGACGUAUGAAACAGCGAGCACGCGCCUCUUCAGGCACGGUCGCACGGAUGUGAUUCGCUCCUUCAGCAACGAGGCGUUCAACUUCGUGCAGGGAGUGCGGAUGAACAAGCCAGCGGCUGAGCUUUACAAGCUACUAACGGACGCUACAACAUCACACACACGCCAGACACGUGACCAUUCAUUUGGCAAGGGCUUUGAUCGGCAUUUGAUGGGACUGCGUCUUUCGUUCCGCCCUGAAGACGACGGCGAAGUGCCCAAGCUGUUUAGUGACCCACUCUUGGGCGAGUCGGCCUCAUGGAAGUUGAGCACGAGUGGUCUGAGUGCAGGUGACAAGUUUGUAGGCACAGGCUUUGGUUGUGGCUUCCCAGAUGGGUUUGGCGUAAACUACCUGGCCGGCAGCAAAACGCUCAAGUUCGGUCUGGAGUCGAAGCGCUCGAACCCAGAGGGCCAGGGCCACCCUAUUCACAUGUACAAAGAGAGCAUCGCCAAUGCGCUGCGGAUCAUGCGCACCAUUGUUGAGCAGGGAGCGCCGCCGCUAGAGGCCAAGCUGUAG